AUGCCGAAGUACUACUGUGACUACUGUAAGUCUUACCUCACACAUGACACCAUGAGUGUCAGAAAGUCCCAUUUGAUGGGAAGAAAUCAUAUCAAGUACUACUGUGACUACUAUGAGCAAAAGGCAAAGCAAACAGGCAUAUGGACCCCACUGGAAUCGCCCUAUGAGAUAAAUCUCGAUUACAUAAAUCGAGGAGUGCCGGGAUCGAGAAAGAAAACUGCAAAUAAUAGCAACAAUUAUAAUAAUAAUACUAGUAACAGUAGAGAGUCUGAACUGACACAAUAUGAGAUUCAAAACUCUUUCUCUCUACCUCCGCCACCUACUUUACCGAACUUUCCCAACCCCCCUCCUUCAGUAUUGAGAUACACUGAAGAGUACAGGGAAGCCAUUAGUAAACAUACACAAGAGGAGAGUUAUUGA